AUGGUUUCGCUCGUCCCCGCAAUGCGGCCCUCUACCGCCACAACCUCAAAACCAUUAAAGCCACUAUUACGACGAGGCACGCUCUCUGGUACCGUAAGGAAAUUGGACGAUACCGAUCUCGAUGCCCAUCUGAUUUCGCAUCCACCAAGUCCCAGCAAACGGGCUCGUGUCACAUUUAAAGAUGAUGUUGAAGAAAAGGUCAUGGUCCAGUAUGCUGUGAAAGGUCGUAACUUAGAGGUGAUACGGACCGAAGUUCGACGGGCCCUCGAAAAUCACGCGCGAGGUGAUAGCGUUGGAUUCGACGUUAUUAAGGAGGUAUUCGCGAAGAGGAGGGAAGACGAUGAUGAUGAAGACGAGGAGGAUGAGGAGGAGUCGCAAAAGAGGGCUGAUAUCAGGGCAUAUGUCGUUGCACUCACAAACUACACUUCGCAGCUGAAUAAAAGUUGCUCUGCACUGGUACAAGCAGUAUUGAGAUGUGAAUGGUUAGGCAGAGACGAAUCGUUCGUCAAAUCCUUCGUACAGUUCCUGGGAAGUCUGGCAAGCUCACAAGGCUCCUAUGUUGGGACUGUACUGGAGAUGCUAGUGACGAACUUCUAUGGAGUGCGAUUUUCCAGCGGCCGACUUCCUGGUUAUCCUGACGUAAAUCGAGAUCAACUGUACUCCAGAGUUCACGUUGCUAUCAAGUACUUACUCCGCCUCAUCCCAUCCGCCAGCGGCAUACUCUCCCCAAUCAUAUCGAAGAAGUUCCCCGACUCCGAAGAAUCAAAGAAAAUUCAUGUCACUUACAUCGAGAACCUCCUUCGACUCAUUGAAUACGCGCCUGAGUUGGCGUCCGAUGUUUUCUCCUUGAUUACCGAUAGAGUUGUCAAGAUCGAUGUUGAGAUGCAACUUAGCCUGGACGAUAUCGAUAAUGAUGUUGCGGUCGCGGUUGUAGAAGCACUGAGCAUGAAUCAGAAGGUGAUUGAGGAUGUAAGAGACGAAGAGUCCGAUAGUGAUGCCGCUUCAGUCACCAGCGAGGAAGGGGUAUACACCGAUGCUAGCAGGAUUAAGCAGGUUCAGGCCAAUGUUGAGAAGAUGGAUGCGAUACUGGAUAUCCUGUUCGGAACUUACAGCCAUAAAUUCGCAGAUCCAAAUAGUAUCGAAGCUGCUUCGAUGUUCGAGACCCUCUUAUCACAUUUUGCGAAUAUUAUCCUCCCCACGUAUCGAUCGCGACACACGCAAUUCUUACUUUUUCACUUCGCACAAACAGCCGACCAUUUCGUAGAUCAGUUCGCAGGUACAUGUGUUCAAUUAGCCUUCGAACCAGGUCGACCUGCAAUUCUCAGACAAUCCGCGUCGUCUUAUCUUGCAAGCUUUGUGGUACGUGGAAAGCAUGUCGAGCCUCACGUUGUACGGACAGUAUUCGAGCUGAUCGGCACCAACUUGGAGCAUAUUCGAUUAGAGAACGAACUCACAUGCCGUGGUCCCGAUCUGAAGAGAUAUGGAACAUUUUAUGCUAUGACACAAGCACUCCUCUACAUCUUCUGCUUUAGAUGGCGAGAUCUUCUUGCUUCUCCUCUGGAUGAAGAAGAUGAUGAGGAGUUUUCCACGCACGAUCUGGAAUGGACAGAUGGGAUCAAAGACACGCUAAAUAGCGUCAUCUACUCCAAGCUCAACCCUCUCAAGGUGUGCUCGCCUGUUAUUGUGGCUGAAUUCGCCAAGAUCGCCAGACAUCUUGGUUUCAUGUACGUCUACUCCCUAUUGGAAACAAACAAACGGAUACGAUUGAGCCAGUUUUCCUCUGCGGGGACCGCAGCACUUAGGGAUGUGGGACAACUCAAUAACAACGAAAGCUGGCAUCAACUGGAAGCCCACUUUCCAUUCGACCCAUACCAAUUACCGAUAAGCAAACGUUGGGUUGAAGAUGAUUAUGUACAGUGGCAACCAGUGCCAGGAUUGGAACCCGAGGAAGAUGACGACUCUGAAGACGACGAUGACGAAGAAGUAGAAGUGGACGAAGAUACUGCCACCGAUGAAGAUAACGAAUAA